AUUUAAACUUACCGAGCGGAUUCCGGGCUGCAUUAAAUUAAGUGCUGCAGUUGAGGACUGUCGGUUGAUCGCGGGAGACAAGAAUGGCCCCUCUUUGCACGCGGGUGAUUCCCCAACAAAAUGAAGAAGCAGUGAUGGAAACCGAGGCCAACUCAGAUUCAGAUGCGGAAAGCUUAUCAUCAGACGAUGAUUCCUUCUAUGAAAUCCCUGAUCAAGUCAACCUUCAUCAGCAGUUCUAUGCCAACGAUGAUAGUCUUAUCCAGCUCUUGCAACGGACAACCGGCAAAGAGGAAUUGAGCGAGAUCACGGAGCUGAAAUUGCGGGCCAUGUCUGAGGAGAUAAGUCUUUCGCGAAUCAACGGCCUCGUCCCUAACUUGACCACACUCAACCUCGACGGCAGUAGCUUGACCUCUCUACGGGAACUUGGCUGCAGUUUGAAUAAACUGAAGGUCCUACGGGUAUGCUACUGUGGAAUCAGUUCAUUGGACGGUAUCCUGGGCUUUACUUCCUUGAAAGAGCUUUACGUUUCAUACAACCACAUUCAGAACAUCGGGAUGUGCACUUCCUUACCACAUCUGGAAAUCCUGGAUUUAAGGAGAAACAACAUAUGCGCAAUUGGGAGCGUGGAAUUCCUGAGCACUUGUCCAAAGCUGCGAAAUCUCACGCUAGCGGAGAAUCAACUCACUUCCACGUCAAACUACAGGAAUCAGAUCCUGGGGAUGAUCCCGCAGUUGCGAGUUCUCGAUGGCAUUCCUUGCGGAGCACACGGGAUUAGGUGCAAUGAAUUGAACCCGAGUGAUUCUGAAACAACCUCCGAGUCAAGCCUAUCUGAACAUGAACCAACACCGCCGGAGAGUUUGCUUCUUUCUUUUACGCAAUCAGCCAACUCAACGUCUGAUUCACAGCCUUUGCCAACUAUUCCAGACACGGAGACUCGAAACUCGCAUGCAAGCUCACUGACAUCGGGCGCCGUCUUGUGUGGUAGUAUCGCCAAAUCGUUGCGGAGCAAACGGUUGGGGAGAGAAGGCGGUGCUGGUCUCAGAAUUCUAAGCCCUGUCCAUACUCCCGGCUUCGGACCAGUGGUCAAGAUGGAAAAAUCGGACGCCAUGCAAGCCUCUAAGAUGUGGAGACGGGAGGCGGCUAAAUUGAGACACGAAACCUCAUAAAGCUCGCUCAUUAACGCGGUCUCUGUGGAUUUUCUGCCCGGUCAAGUUUCGUGAUUGCUGCCAGAUUGUGCUAGAAAUUCAGCACAUCUCCUCGUCUAACCACGGUUGUCACAGAAUUUGAAAAAUGAAAUUCCCUGACAUUUCCCUGAUUUGCCGACACACUUUGGUCAAAUUUCCUAUCAAUUGAGGAUAUGCCAGAUGGUUAAAAACAUACGUAACCAGAAAUAUUAUUUAGGCAAAAUUUGUUUCGAGACGUCAAACCCAAUCUAGAAAGCAGAUAAAAGUGACUGAAUGAGUUUCUCUGACAUUUUCGUUCUUCUCCUUGACAUUCCAGGUUUUUCUAGACUUUUUAAAAUUCGCUGACAUUUCUAGGUUUUCCCUGACUGUGGCGACCCUGUUUGACUGAACGUAAAAUAUCUAGGGGUUUUCACGCAAUCUGGCAACUUCGAAUUCCGUGGGAUACAAAACGACGGCGAAACUGCAAAAAGGCGUAUCUCGAUUGCGAUGUUUCAAAGUCUCCAUCACUAUUUCAUUUUUUCAAAACAGCAUGAUGGUUGGAAAUUUUUCACUGAAUACCUACUCCUCGCACAGAAAGAAAAAUCAUGUUUUUCUUCUUUUCUCUUUGUCCUAUAUUGUUUUACACCAAAAACAAUUUGUCCUCCUCCCGAAAGACAAAUUGUCAUCGUUUUCGUUCGAAAUUCCGUCCGAUCCAUCAAAAUUGUUCACUGAAAAUUUUGCUUUUAAACGUCAACAGUACAAGAGAAUAAUUUAUAGUAAAUAAGGAGCAAAAUGGAAAUAAUAGUUGAAACAGAAUACAAAAUCGACAUAAAAAUGAUCCGAAUAAUAGGCGCAUACUAUAAUCCUUCUAAAACUAAUGUAUGUAUAAAUUGAAUUGUAUAUUUAUAUUUAAAUAAAGAUA